CUUCUUUGUAAGUCAUAACUGAUAACUAAACAAUUCAUUCGAUCGUCAAUUGACCCUUAUUAAUUUAUUCCUAGACGUUACGAACCGGAGUUAUACUUGUUCGUGAAACGCCCAUUUACUCUUGUUAACCUGUUAAUUAUUCUACAAAUUUUUACACAAACGCUACCAUAGGUAUAUCAAAGUUAUUGACAAACUUAAAUAUAAUGAAAAAAAUUGCAAUUUUCGGUGGUACCGGUAUGACGGGCCUGUGUACUGUGGAGGCUGCUUUAAAACAAGGUCUCGAAGUCAGAGCUCUUUUGAGAGAUCCAUCUCGUUUGCCGGAAUCUCUUAGAAAUCAAGUAGAAGUAUUUACGGGUGACGUUUUAGUAAAAGAGGAUGUCGACAAGGUCAUUGAAGGGAGAGACGCAGUUGUCGUAACAUUAGGCACAAGAAAUGAUCUCAGCCCUACUACGAUAAUGUCGGAUGGACUGAAAAACAUCUUGUCUGCUAUGGAGAACAAAAACGUGAAAACUAUCUCAGUUUGCUUAUCAACAUUUUUAUUUUAUGAUAAGCCAAAAGUACCAGCAAUGUUUCACGGUAUUAACGAUGACCACGAACGUAUGUUGCAUUUACUUCAAGCGACAGAAGGUCUUAAUUGGAUAGCCGUCAUGCCACCACAUAUAGGGGACACUCCGUCCGGCGAUUAUAAUGUAGAAAUUGGUUCAUCACCUGGUCGAGCUAUAUCAAAAUUUGAUCUAGCUAAAUUCAUGAUAGAAUGUUUGUCUAAACCGGAAUAUUAUAAACAAAGAAUGGGAUUGGCGACUAAAGUACCAGUCCCGUAAGAGUUAUGAAAUUUUUAAUAACUAUCUUUAAUUUAGCAGAGUACACCGUUAAAUUGAUUACUUGUAAAAACCAACAUAUUAUUUUAAUUUGAAAUCAAAAUCUUAAAAUACAAUUUAUUAUAUAUUUGUAUUACUGCAUAA